AUGCGGGAGUUUCAGAACCUUACAGUGGACUGUAACCUCUCAGAUCUUGCAUACAUCGGAUCCUUAUUCACUUGGUGUAACAAUUGCCCCAUGAGCCCGGUUAGCAAGAAGUUGAACCGCGCUUUGAUCAAUGCUGACUGGCUUAGCUCCUUUCCCCAGUCCUUUGCAAAAUUUGAUGUAGGAGGGAUCUCCGAUCACGCGAGGUGUCUGAUACAUAUAUCUCCUCAAGAAGUGGGUGCCCAUAAGCCUUUUAAGUUCUUUAACUUUCUAGCAGAUCAUGAUGAGUUUCUUCCAGUGGUUAAGCGGGUUUGGGACACAUCAUGA